GCCUAAAAUCUGUAAUAUACAGUAAAAAUGAAGGCCAAAGUUGCUACUGCUGAGGACUUGCCUUAAUUGUUUAGUUAGUACAGAAACAAUCAUAAUUUGAAAGAAGCCAUCUCUUUUACGCUCGUCAGUGCGCAGCGUCACAGAACAGGAGGGAGAAGAAGCGACAAGUCACAGGUGACCGGAGCUAAAUUGGAAACUUUGUCGUCUUACCAGACGAUACACGACGUUCCGGUGGAAUAAGUGGAGGAAGUAGUAUCCUGGAGGAGAACUGAGGCCGUGAUAUGGCGUUGGAAGCAGUAGGAGACCUUGCUCUUCACAUAAUUCUUUUGAAACUAGGUCCCAAAGAUACUGCGAAGGUUUCCUGUGUCAGCAAAAGGCAUAGGGAUUCUGCUUCUGGUGACCAUCUGUGGUCCAAAUUUUGUCUUGAUGAUCUUGAUCUCGUAUCCCCUCAAGACCCUCAUGGAAACCCCGCUCCCUCUUUCAAGGUAGCUUAUCAAUUAUGGAGAGAAGCUUUUGCUGUGUACCCAUGGCCACUUGUUCUGCGAGUGAAAAGAUGCUGGGGCAGGAUUAGGAGCUGGUUGAGCAAUAAUUUUCCGGUGGCAGAGGCUACCCUCCGAGGAGGGGCGUCGGAAUCUGAUAUUGAACAAUUAGAGAACCUCUUAGAAGUGAAAUUGCCUCUUCCCACUAGGGUUCUCUAUCGCUUUCAUGACGGCCAAGAAUUGGCUGCCAAGAAGCUGUCUGGCAAUUCACACUUUUUAUUGGGAAUCAUGGGUGGCUACUGUUUCAACAACCAUUGGGUUAAUGUCUACUUGUUGUCUCUUAGUGCGGUGAUUGUCAAGACAAAGGCGGUUGCAUAUCGUCUGGGUUUUCUAAUCAAAUAUAAGUACAUUGUUGUGGUUGGUUCCUCGACUGCUAGUAUUAAGCUUUUUUUCCUUAGCUGCCGAAAUGGCCAACUCACUGUUGGUGCAAGGAAUAUUUUAACACUUGGGGAAAUGAUUCAGUGUGUGCCAAAUUUGCUUUUUCGAUCUGUCCAUGAUUCUAGUGGUGAUCAGCAGCAAGAUGCUAUGUUGCUAUGGUUAGAAGAACAUGGCCAUCGCUUAGAAAGUGGCAUUAUCAAAGUUUGUGAACGAAAGAAUAUCAAAAGUAUCAGUCUGUUUCCAGAGGUUCCUCCCUUAUGUUCUGUAGUAGUAACCAAUGGUGUUGAGAUUCGUGCCUCUGCUGUCCUUGUUCCAGAGUUUGUUAACUCUCUAGAUGAUUUCAGGGGAUACUUGUUUGCUUAUUCAAUCCGCAUGUCUCUCCAGCCUGAAGGUUGUAUCAUUAAUGGAAUGACCUUUGACUCCUGCCAACUUUAUUGGAGACACUUGCUCAUCCAAUUUAAUGGUGAUAUAAGAUCUAAUGUUGAUGGAGAGGCCAUAGGAAAGUACCCUCUCUUGCGACCAGGUGAGGGAGAAUUUGUUUAUGAAAGCUUCACACGUCUACCAGCUUCUUCAAUCUCAGGUUCUGCCGAAGGUUAUUUCAAAUUUGUCCGUGGCAGGUAAUCUGCUUGAUAUUUUACAUGUGUUGUUUAAGUGGUGAUAUUAGAUUUGAUGAUCCAGUCAAAGAUAAAGGGUAUGCUUGGUUUGGUAUGCCGUGACCUUUGUGUUACUUAGGUUGAGUGGGACUGCAUUAAGCUAAGAAUAUGUGUUCUAUUUGUGUGCCAUCUGGCAAAUGAAUCCACAAAUUGCUGGUAGGUUCUAUUUGAGGCAAAAAAAGUCAGUGUCACGCAGCAACCUAAGUUAUUGAUCUUUUGUGUGGCAACCUAAAAAUAUGUUGAUAUAGGAGUAGAUUUUAUAUUUAUACUUUUUAUUAUGAGAAUUGGAUACAUUUAUCAAAUUAUAUCUUGUCAUAUCCUUUGAAAUUUAUAUAAUAAUGAUGCAUCUGUUACCUGCAUGCAUGAUAGGUUUCAUUUCUCAUUUACUAAUUGGUGAUCUUAUCUGAAUCUUGAUUUCGCUAGUUGGGCAAUCCUCACGGAUUUGAAUUUUGUCCAGAAUCUUAGAUUGAAUGUAUCAGCCAUUAGAAUUGGCUGAAAGAGGAAGUUAAUUGCUAACUACUUGACCUUUCUAACCAAGUUCUUACUUUUUAUUUAAUCUUAAUAGAUUGGCAGACCAAAAAGGUGGCCUGUUUGAAGUUCAAGUGGCAAGGUUCCCCGUAGAGGUGCAAGAUUAUAUUUACUGACUGAACUUUGCAUGGUUCUCUCGAAGCACGGGAACUGAACUGAUUCUAAACGUCCUCUAUUAGUCAGUAUGAGAAGACCCUUUCAGCCUCAUACUUAAGUAGUACAAAAAAAGUCAUGAUCCAUUCUUUGUUGUUUAAGUAGGUUUUGUGAUUUGGUAUGAAUUUAUUCACUUGAUAUCCCCUGAUAUUCUUUUCCGUUUCCCUUUCGGUUUAUGUGAGCAUAUUCAAGAAUUUUUGGUAGAAAGAGAGAAAUAGAUAGAUACUGCAUUA